AUGCACUACCAGUUCAUGGCCCCCUGGGUGCCUCUCUUUGUCAGUGCCGUCGACACCGAGCCCGCCCCGUUUGUCCUGUUCCAGCUCGCCACCGUCGACAGCCACGGAUGGCCCCACGUCCGAACCGUCGUCUACCGGGGGUUUUUGUUCGACGACAAGACCACCAACGUCAUCUGCUGCACCACCGAUAAGCGCAUGGGCAAAUACCAGCAGAUCCGGGCCAACGAUCGUGUGGAAGCGGUGUUCUGGUUCCCCAGCUUAAAGCGCCAGUUCCGCCUCCAAGGCCGCGCCCGAAUCAUCGACGACGACCACCACCCGGCGAUCUCGAUCCCCCAAGCUCCCAGAGAAGCAGUCAAUUCAGACGAUGAUGAUCUGCUUGAGUUGGCGGUGCCGGCGACCAAAGCUACGCCGAAUAAGCCGUUGCUGGCGGCGAUCGUGUCCCCGUCGCAAUUGAGCCAGCUCCACACCAAGGACGACAGCUACACCACGCUCGCCCAGUUCAAUCUCCAGCCGCCGCUGGCCCAGGACUGGCACGACGAGAUCCGCCGCCACUGGGACAAGUUGCUGAAACCGCUCCGCCAGCUGUUCCGCCGCCCGCCGCCGGCGAGCGAUAUCACCGACGAGCUGCUACUUUUGAUCGACCUGAUCAAACGUGGCGUCGACGGCAAAAAGGAUACUGCCGGCCUCGUCAACUUCGCCGUGGUGGCGCUCUUCGCCGACCGCGUCGACGUGUUGGACCUCGAGCGCGAUAAGCGGUGGGUGUACCAGCUCGACGACGACGACAGCGGCCACUCCGAGGGCCACUGGACCGAGGCCGAGGUGUGUCCCUAG